AUGGCCACCUCUAACCUCGAGGGAAAGUUCGACUUGCAAGUGUCGCGGUUCAAUGUGAUCAAAUCAAUGGCAAAGGCCGCCCGGGAAGGCGCCUAUGAAGACUAUUGCCUCUCCGCUUUAAUUCAGAAGGAGGAAUUCCUUGACGGCUACCUCGCAAAAUUCGAGACGCUUCACGAGCGGCUUUGUGAAGCGAAGGUUGAGGGCCUCACGGACUACCCCUACUUUAAGGAGCAGACAUAUGUGGCCGCCGUCGAAGCCUACGCCGCCGCCAAGUCCAUCAUCACCACCUUACGGGAAAAACGGGAGGAGAGUUCCCCUCAUAAAGCGGAUCGCCUCGGCCGGAGCUCCCUCAUGCUCUCCUCAGGAGGGGCGCGGCGCUCCCUCCCAAAGAUCCAGCUGCCGACGUUUUCGGGAAGUUACAAGGAAUGGCGGCCCUACUCGGAUCUCUUUUCGUCGAUGGUGGGUGAGUGCCCGGACAUCGACCCGGUGGAGAAGAUGUAUUACCUCAAGGCCAGCCUCUCCGGAGAAGCGGCGGGCCUCGUGGCCAAUAUGCCAGUGAGCAGUGAGGCCUUCUCCCGCGCCUGGGCGACCCUCACGCGGCGAUACGAGAAUCCGAGGCUCCUCAUCUCGGCACAGGUGGACCGGCUGGUCAACAGCACCCCUCUCCCUCCUCGCUCGUCGCAGGCUCUGAACGGUCUCCUCUCCGAGGUUAUGGAGUCCUUGGAGGCCCUCAAGGGUCUCGCCGUUCCCCUCGAAAAUUGGGACGUUAUUCUGGUUCACCUCGUUGUGCGCCGCCUGGAUACCAUUACCCGCGAGGCUUGGGAAAACCACCUCGGCCACCAGCCUGAGCAUCCCUCCUGGAAGGACCUCCAGGAGUUCCUCAUGGGACGAGCCCGAGCACGGGAGAACCUCGAGCUCUCCAGGGAAGAAGCGCCAACCUCGAAGGCGCCUAUCACCUCAGGACGUCAGCCGGCCGCCUCCCGGCCCCCUCUUGCCUCCGCACGGACUCCCUCACGCCCACCUGCCGCUCCAGCAGUCAGGGCUUUUCACACCUCCGAGCUCCCUCCUAACUACAAGGAUGGAUUGUGCGACAUGUGUGGGAAGCGGCAUUAUAUAACGGACUGCCCGGACUUCCUCGGCCUCCCGGUGAUGGAACGCCGCAAGGUGGCCGUUCAAUAUCGCCUCUGUUAUAACUGUCUCGGCCGGCACGGUGCUCUGAACUGCCGCAGUGAACGACGGUGCCGCACGUGUGGCAACAAGCACCACACCCUUAUCCACGUCCCGGCUCACCCUAUGGAAGACCGUCCAAAGGACAGUGGGUGGCCAGGGAUUCCCUCAGGUACCCCUGUUCCGGCUGUCCCUCGGGCCGCGGCCCACCACGCUGCCGUCAACCAAGCUGCCGUGGACACCGCAGUGAAGGAAGCCUCAGUUGAAGAUCCAGGCUCCUCGGCGGAUCACCACCUGGAUGACGCCUCCCCACCGCACUCUGAAUGA